CUGACUCCAGACAUCAUGUGCUCCCCGUUUCGGGCAUCCAGAAGUUUCCAGCCAGAGGACUGCCAGGAACUGCUGCCGCCGCCGACCCCCAUGGCCUACACACCGGGCGGGGGUGCCCCAGCACGGGGGGCAGCCCCCGUGGGCUCCCAGUACUGCGUGUGCAAGGUGGAGUUGUCGGUGAGUGGCCAGAACCUGUUGGACCGGGACAUCACCUCCAAGUCUGAUCCCUUCUGUGUCCUCUUUACGGAGAACAAUGGCCGGUGGAUCGAGUACGACAGGACGGAGACCGCAGUCAACAACCUCAACCCCGCGUUCUCCAAGAAGUUUGUGCUGGACUACCACUUUGAGGAGGUGCAGAAGCUCCAGUUCGCCCUGUUCGACCAGGACAAGUCCAGCGCGCAGCUCGACGAGCACGACUUCCUGGGCCAGUUCUCCUGCAGCCUGGGCACGAUCGUCUCCAGCAAGAAGAUCACUCGGCCUCUGCUGCUGAUGAAUGGCAAGCCUGCGGGGAAGGGCCUGAUUACGAUUGCGGCCCAGGAGCUGUCGGACAACCGGGUCGUCACACUGAGCCUGGCGGGCAGGAAGCUGGACAAGAAGGAUCUCUUUGGGAAGUCAGACCCAUUUCUCGAGUUUUAUAAGCCAGGAGAUGAUGGCAAGUGGAUGCUGGUCCACAGGACUGAGGUGAUCAAGUACACGCUGGACCCCGUGUGGAAACCGUUCACUGUGCCAUUGGUGUCCCUGUGUGAUGGGGACAUGGAGAAGCCCAUCCAGGUCAUGUGCUACGACUAUGACAACGAUGGAGGCCACGACUUCAUCGGCGAGUUUCAGACCUCAGUGUCACAGAUGUGUGCUGCUCAGGAUGGCAUCCCGCUGGAGUUCGAGUGCAUCAACCCCAAGAAGCAGAAGAAAAAAAAGAACUAUAAAAACUCGGGCAUCAUCAUCCUGCGUUCCUGCAAGAUAAGCCGAGACUACUCCUUCCUGGACUACAUCCUGGGAGGCUGCCAGCUCAUGUUCACCGUUGGGAUAGACUUCACAGCCUCCAACGGGAAUCCCCUUGACCCGUCCUCUUUGCACUAUAUCAACCCCAUGGGCACCAACGAAUACCUGUCAGCCAUCUGGGCUGUCGGGCAGAUCAUCCAGGAUUAUGACAGUGACAAGAUGUUUCCGGCUCUGGGCUUUGGGGCCCAGUUACCCCCAGACUGGAAGGUCUCCCAUGAGUUUGCCAUCAACUUCAACCCCACCAACCCCUUCUGCUCGGGCGUGGACGGCAUCGCCCAGGCGUACUCGGCUUGCCUGCCCCACAUCCGCUUCUACGGUCCCACCAAUUUCUCUCCCAUCGUCAACCACGUGGCCCGGUUUGCGGCCCAGGCCACGCAGCAGCAGACGGCCACGCAGUACUUCAUCCUGCUCAUCAUCACGGACGGCGUCAUCAGCGACAUGGAGGAGACGCGGCACGCCGUGGUGCAGGCCUCCAAGCUGCCCAUGUCCAUCAUCAUCGUGGGCGUGGGCAACGCUGACUUCGCGGCCAUGGAAUUCCUGGAUGGGGACAGCCGCACGCUGCGCUCCUACACCGGGGAGGAGGCGGCCCGGGACAUCGUGCAGUUCGUGCCCUUCCGAGAGUUCCGCAACGCAGCAAAAGAGACCUUGGCCAAAGCAGUGCUGGCGGAGCUGCCCCAACAAGUCGUGCAGUAUUUCAAGCAUAAAAACCUGCCCCCCCCCCCCCCCGGGCCCGCCCGGGCGCCCCCCCCCCCCCCCCGCCCCCCUGGCAGCAGCACGCCAGCUGGGCACCCACCCCGGGAUGCCCACCCCCCUGAACGCCGGCCCCCGGACGCCCACGCUCACCCUGCUUCCUUGUGCGUGGCCUUUUUUACCAAUCCACAUUUUUAUUUUUUACAACCAGACCUCCACCCCCAGUCUCUCCCAGCCCAGCUGGGCUUCCUUUGUUCCAGUCACUGAUGAUGCUUCCAGGCCAAACUGGCUUCCUCUCCUCACCCCGCCACUCUUAAGUAUUGAAUGUACUUUGUAUAAUUUUAGUGGAAUUAUUGUUAUUAAAGAGAAUAAAAUUUUUACAAUCAUAA